GUUGUUUGCAAAGUUGUUUGUUUCCAAUUCAGUUACACUCCACUGUAAAGUUGCAUGCCGAUUCCUGGUUUUCUUUUUAUUUGAAUUAAUACCAUAUUAAAUAGAAGACAAAAGAAGAGAUGAAGCUGAUUUUUCUUCUAUCGUUUAUAACAACAUUUGGUUCCAGUCUCGCUAUAUGGUGCUAUCAAUGUCAUGCGGGUAUCCCGGGCUGCACUGAAGAUUUCAACUGGAGAGGAAUUGGAUACCUUGGUACACCUUGUCCUGACUCUGAAGAUAUAUGUAUCAAACUCAUUGAAAGGAAAGGAGCUGAAGAAGUGAUAACAAGAGACUGUCUGAGCAACUUCCGAGCUUUCAGAACAGACAUCCCAGCGGACACAUAUGAGGGCUGUCGACCAGCAGCCAAGGAUCAGAAUUUGGCACAUUAUGUCAACAAUUCCAUUAAGGAACUUGAUUUGAAGAGGGAUAACUUUGACGAGACUAUCUGGUGUUUCUGCUUCCUCGACCACAGAUGUAACUCAGCAUCAUAUAUAACCACAUCAAUGGCAUUACUAAUAGCAGCUAUUGUAUUACUCACACAAUCGUCAAGGUUCUGACAUGCACUUGAUUUUUUAACCUAUUAGCAUAGACUGAAAAUAUGUAAUAAUUGAGAGUAAAUACAUCCAC